CCGUUCGCGCCACGUCGCCCAACAUGGCGAUUUCCCCUGGCACCGUUCCGUUUCUCGUGUCCAUGAUGUUGCUGACGGGUGUCUGCAACACAUUGGUCACCAAGUAUCAGGAUCAGCAAUGUGUUCGCAAUUGCGAGGAUGAGAAUCCCGCCCAUCGAGUCUUCUUCAAUCAACCCGUGCUUCAGACGGCACAGAUGUUUGUGGGCGAGAUGGGCUGCUGGCUUGUUGUGGGCAUUGCCGCAGCAUAUCGCCGCCUCUCAUCAAAGAAAUCCGCCGAAGAGCGUGGCUACCAGGCCAUCGACUCCAGCCGAACGGACGGCGACGACGACGAGGCGGUUGAAAUCAACCAACCAUCUGUUUUACGGGGCUACCGAGUUUUGCUGCUGGCCCUCCCUGCCAUCUGCGACAUCUGUGGCACCACCUUGAUGAACAUUGGCCUCCUUCUUGUUGCGGCGUCUAUUUACCAAAUGACCCGAGGCGCACUAGUUCUAUUCGUGGGUCUUUUUAGCGUCGUCUUUUUGCGGAGGACGCUGCAUCUAUUCCAGUGGAUCUCAUUAGUGGGCGUGGUUCUUGGAGUAGCUGUCGUUGGACUUGCGGGUGCUAUUUGGCCAGACGUCAAAGCCCACGUCAUCUCGUCUCUUACGGGUGCCCCAGAUGGACUUUCCGACGUUGCCAAGGCAGUCAUUGGUGUUUCUCUGAUUGCUGGGGCGCAAAUAUUCACGGCCACCCAGUUUGUCUUGGAGGAGUGGAUGCUCGAAAACUCCCCCAUCGACCCCAUCCAGGUGGUUGGUUGGGAAGGCCUGUUUGGCUUCAUUGCCACAGUCGCGGUCAUGAUUGUUCUGCACCUGGCUAUUGGGCGAACAGAAGCAGGACGAUAUGGCUAUUUCGAUGCCGCUGAAGGACUUCGUCAACUGCGAGACCAGAAAGCCUUGUACAUUUCAAGUAUUAUUAUCAUGAUAAGCAUUGGUGGCUUUAACUUCUUCGGGUUGUCCGUAACUCGUACCGUAAGUGCCACUUCUCGCUCCACGAUUGAUACUUGCAGAACGCUCUUUAUCUGGAUCGUUUCUCUCUUUCUUGGAUGGGAGUCUUUCAAGUGGCUGCAGAUUGUUGGAUUUGGUUUGUUGGUUUACUCUACAUUUUUGUUCAAUGGCAUCGUCCAGCCCCCUUUUGAGUUUUUGCGAACGGAGGGAGAAACCGAGGAGCUUCUCCCUGAGGAACCAAUCGAGCACCAGUAAAUUUUGCUACAAGAUUUUGUCAACAAAUUACACAUGUAUUGUUGCAAUCGAG